UACAUGAGGGUUUCAUAAAGGGGCGGAGAAAACAGGAAGUGACUGAGCCAGACAUGAACUCUCUGGAGCAGGCAGAAGAUCUAAAGGCAUUUGAGCGGAGGCUUACGGAAUAUGUUUCAUGUUUACAACCCGCCACUGGACGUUGGAGAAUGAUUCUCAUCGUAGUAUCGGUUUGUACUGCAACUGGUGCCUGGAACUGGCUAAUAGAUCCAGAGACGCAAAAGAAAUCGAGACUCAUCAGACCAGGCAACAUUUUUCCAGUCUUCAACAGUCCAAUUUUGGUUUCCUUCUUCACAUCAUUAUGGAAUCAUCCCUUCUUUACAAUUAGCUGCAUUACAUUAAUAGGACUGUUUUUUGCUGGUAUACACAAAAGGGUAGUGGCCCCGUCAAUAAUAGCAGCAAGAUGUCGAACUGUACUAGCAGAAUAUAACAUGUCAUGCGAUGAUACGGGAAAAUUAAUUUUAAAGCCAAGACCCCACAUCCAGUGAGCUCUGCUGUCACCUGGUGAAGCUUGGUUUUUCAUCUCUCCUGGCAAUACGGUCUCUCUUUUGGAGAUGGUUAUUGAUGACAGAUCGAUGAUUCACAAAGUCAAAACUCUUUGAACUUUGGGACAUUCAUCCAAGAGGAAAUUCAAUGAUUGUACAGUCUGAGCUUUGGAACUGUUAUUACAGGAAAAAGUCACCUGAAGUGUCAUAUCCUUGUCUAGGUAUGUGUAUCAAGAAGGAGGGUUUGCACACCCCCAGGGUGCAGUGUCGUCUCCCCCCAUCCUAUACAAUACUAAAAUUUUAACUGAUCUUUUGUGUGUUUUGUGAGGUGACGUAACAGUUGGAGCUAAGAUUCACAAAUAAAAGUUUCAAUGAAAUAUUUGCUAUUCUGGAUCAUAGCCUUAGGUAAUGUUAUUUGACAGCCCCCUCCCCCAUACAUGCAUGCUUAGCUCAGCAGGCCAUAUGUUGGAGAUGAGUGGCCGAUCAUGCCACCAACGUGCAGUUUUCAGCAUGGCAGAUUACAUUUUCAGCAGACGUUGGCCAUCACGCUAGUUUUACAGUCGGACAGAAUGGCCAAAAUCUGCCGUCCCAGCCGACUUUAGUCUUAUGUGUAUGGCGAACUCAAGGAGCUGUCAGGCACCUACGGCGGUGGCUUAUCUCGCUGAAGAACAAAAGGAUCUGGCAUAUUCAGAUUUAACAUCCGGACCUGAUAUUCCCCGCCGUCAGGAGAAAGUCAGGGCACCCUCGUACACAUUAGAUGAUUGGCUGGUCCUGCCAAAAUCUAUCAAUUGUGUAUAAGCAGCUUAAAGGGGUAUUCCCAUCACAGACAAUGGGGGCAUAUCGCUAGGAUAUGCCCCCAUUGUCUGAUAGGUGACCUCGGGGACCCGCACCUAUACCAAGAACGGAGCCCCGAACAUGGUGGAGGAUGCACUGCGCAUCCGUAGCCACGUUCCAUUCAUUUCUACGGGGCCGCAAUAAAUAUCUGAGCGCUGGAGGUGGGACCCGCACCUACACCGAGAACGGAGCGGGGAAGGUGGCGGAGGGCGCACAGUGCAUGCGCAGCCGCCCUCCAUUCAUUUCUAUGAAUGGCUAUUUCAGUCUGCCUCAGAAAUGAAUGGGAGCGGUAACCGUGCGAGCGCAGUGCGCUCCCAUUCACUUGGAGGUUGCCGGACCCCGGGGUCCUCCAGCCACCACCGUUCCCGGCGUAGGUGUGUGUCCCACACCUAUCAGACAAUGGGGGGCAUAUCCUAGCGAUAUGCCCCCAUUGUCUGUGAUGGGAAUACCCCUUUAACAAACCAAGCACCCAUGUGUCCAGGGCAGAUUUUUAUCCAAUGUUAAAUAUAAGAAAAAAAAUAUGAAGGUUUCUAUUAAAUGACUGCAAGCAGAGAUCUGAGGAGUGGAUAUUGGAAGUAUUUUUUUUUUAUUAUAUCGUUUUCCAUCUUGCAAAGAGCUGCCCUUUAUUUUCUAUAUCUGGAAUACUCCUCUCUAAUGUGACCUCAAAGUAUCUGCACCAUCAUAGACUCUUAAACGUUGGGACUGAACACUCGCCCGAGCCUUCGUCUGAUAUUUCACUGGUUUCCAAAAAACCUUCUCGGACAUGUUUUUAUACCUUCAGUUAUCUAUUAUUCUGUUUCAUACUGAAAUAAUAUGCUUUCAUGUCAAAUACUUUUCUCACCGGUCCUGCAAUGAUGAAGCUAUUAAACUAUUUAACGU